AGGUGCUCUACCAUGGCAGACAAGAGUGAACUCAAAGCUGAGCUGGAGCGCAAAAAGCUACGGUUAGCACAGAUCAGAGAAGAAAAGAAGAGAAAAGAGGAGGAGAAGAAAAGAAAGGAUGGUGACUUCAAGAAAGAGACGACUUCUGCUUCACAGGAUGAGCUGGAUCUUGAGAGAAAGCGUAAAGAGACUGAGGCACUACUUCAGAGCAUUGGAAUAACUACGGAGCCUUCCAUGGUGCAGCCGCUGCGGGCAGUAACUGGAGACACCUGUUUGUUCAAUUAUUUAGUCCAUUCUCCUAUUUCUCCAUCGAAUAAAUCGUUGGGAACGCCAAGUGAAUCAGAAAGCCAGGAAUCUGUGGAGGGUACGGCUGGAGCCCGGAUGCUGCAGUGGGAUACAGAUCUCUCUGUCCUUCAACUUCAGACUGAUUCUGAAAUGCGACAUCACCUGCAAAAACUAGGCAUAGCCCGAAUGACCCAUGUGGAUAUUGCACCUUGUGAGCGUCUCGCGCACUGUAAGGAAACCCAAACACCUGUGGUUGCUAAACCAGAUGAAGAGAAGGAAGCAGUACCAGUCCCAACAAAGGCAUCAACUGUCUUGGAGCCUGAAGCACCUGAAGAACCCCAAGAGGAGACUGAAGAAGAACACCAAGCAACUCGACAUGACCUGACCGAGGAAGAAAAGGAAAACAUUCUUCAUUCAGAUGGAUUUUUAUCCUUUUUUAAUCACACCUCCCGAAUGGUUGAGCAAGCACUUACUGAACACACUGACAUCUUCUUUGACUACAGUGGGCGCAAUUUAGAUGACAAGGAAGGAGAGAUUCAAGCAGGUGCCAAGCUGUCAUUGAACAGGCAGUUCUACGAUGAAAAUUGGUCAAAAGACCGUGUUGUAACCUGCCUGGAUUGGUCACAGCAGUAUCCAGAACUACUGGUUGCUUCUUAUACCAAUAAUGAAGAUGCUUUGAAUGAGCCUGAUGGUGUUGCUCUUGUAUGGAACAUGAAGUUUAAGAAGACCACUCCAGAGUAUAUCUUUCACUGCCAGUCAAAGGUCAUGUCUGCCUGCUUUGCACAGUUUCACCCAAAUCUCAUGGUGGGUGGAACAUAUUCUGGUCAGAUUGUCCUUUGGGAUAAUCGCAGUAACAAGAAGAUGCCUGUCCAGCGGACUCCACUAUCUGCUGCCGCCCACACGCACCCUGUGUACUGUGUAAAUGUUGUUGGUACUCAAAAUGCUCAUAACCUAGUCAGUGUCUCCACUGAUGGGAAACUGUGUACCUGGAGCCUGGACAUGCUCUCUCAGCCACAGGACAGCAUUGAGCUGGUACACAAGCAAUCGAAGGCAGUUGCUGUAACCUCCAUGUCCUUCCCAUUAGGGGACAUUAAUAACUUUGUUGUGGGUAGCGAAGAAGGCUCCGUGUACACAGCAUGUCGCCUUGGCAGUAAAGCUGGAAUCAUUGACAUGUUUGAAGGACAUCAAGGUCCUGUGACAGGUGUCCAUUGUCACACAGCAGCAGGGGCAGUGGACUUCUCUCAUCUUUUUAUCACUUCUUCAUUUGACUGGACUGUCAAACUCUGGUCAACUAAGAGUAACAAGUCCUUGUAUUCCUUUGAGGACAGUUCAGACUAUGUGUUUGAUGUCAUGUGGUCUCCUAUCCACCCUGCACUCUUUGCCUGUGUUGAUGGAAUGGGCCGGCUUGAUCUCUGGAAUCUGAAUGAAGACUCUGAGGUUCCAACUGCAAGUGUCACUAUGGAGGGAAACCCUGCAUUGCAUCGUGUACGCUGGGCACAGUCAGGGCGAGAGAUUGCUGUGGGUGAUUCUGAAGGGCAAGUGUUGAUUUACGAUGUUGGUGAGCAAAUUGCUGUUCCCCGGAAUGAUGAAUGGACCAGCUUUGCAAAAACGCUUGUUGACCUUAAAGCAAAUGGAAACGAUGCCGAGGAAGAAGCAACAGCAGGUCUCCUUGCAUAGGCUGAUUAUAGAUAUUUUGUCGCAUUCUUCUAAGUGGAAGAAACUGCAUCAAUUAGCUCAAAUAGGCUUCUCUUUUUGCCCCCUCUUGCCAAGUUCUAGACAGUGCAGUGGUGAAUCAUAUAAUUUGCCCCAUGUGACACUAGCUUUCCAGGACACUGUACCAGUAACAAUAAAGUUUCCCGUGUAGUUGCCUAGUUAGUGCCCAGUAGCAUAUGGGUGUAAAACUUGCAUGUAAGUUAUAUUUAUGAAGCAAUUAACUCCAUGCUUACUGCUGCUGUUUCAUUAAUCUAAAGCAGGAGUUUAUAACCUUUGGUGCAGUGAAUGGCCACAUGUGAUAGCUUUUGGGUAGAGAACUGAGAUUAAGCAGCACAUCCAGCAUUAUGUUUACAACACUAUUGGGUUCACCAUUCAGACCAAUACUUGAGGAUAUUCCAGCCUAACAGCACUUUCAUAUCACUGAAUCAUUGGCAAGACAGCUGGGCCUCAAGAUCUGCUGACUGAUUUCCCUCUGCAGCUCAUGGCCCCUCUACAGGGGUCUCAGCUAUGGGGAAGGGGUGAUAAAGAAUAGUUCAGCAAAUAGACGACUCACAGCACUUUCUAUAUCGCAAUUUCACAUUACGUCCUUAACAUGCUGAUGCUAAUCAUCACGUCAGCACCUUACAUUUCCUAAGUAAUUAGCAAGUGUUUAGAUUUUUUUUAAGAAAUUUCGAUCUUUGUGGUUUAGAAUUUUUAGAAUUGUUGUGCAUUCUGCUCCUGCUUUAACUAUCUUCUGACUCAAAAUGAUCACACAACUGAGUUUCAAGAAUGGGCUGCGUGGUGAAAGGAGCAGAGGCAAUUGAGCCAGCUGCAGUCCAGAUCAAACCCCCAAAUAAGGCAGGGUGCACUGCUGCUACAGACCCGGACCUAUUCACAGGCUUGGCUUUGUAAAGUCAGGGGGGUUUAUCUAAAAGUGGCUGGGAGGGCUUCCGAGAUGGACUAAGUAGCUUGAUUUUAACUGUGGCUCACAGGAGGCUCACUGAUUUGGAGAGCUGGGGAUCUUAGUUGCUGCUCAAAGGGACCAAGCAGGAAGUGUCCUGCUAACGGCAGAGGAGGACUCUUUUGGGUCACGCAUUUUUGGAUGUACCUUUUUCUGAGUGGCUUGCAGUGAUCCCUUUUAGAACUGCUGGUUAGAUCACUAAAGACCCGAGUACCAGUGGGUGGGAAGUGCUUGGGACACUUCCAUUGGCAGCUUAAAACCUGCACUGGAUUCCCCUGCAUGUCAUAGGUCCCUGACAAGGAUAUUAGAAUAAGACUCCUGAAGAGGCCCCUAUGAAAAUGGUAGCAAGCAAGAAAUGAGGCAGUAAAUAUGGUAAUAGGUAAUUCUGCUCAAUAAAAGUUCACACUGUUUGUAUUACAGCAGGAAUUUUACAACAAAGAGCACGAGCACUGUCUUACAGAAACCUAUAAACCUAUUGGAAGAAAGGUUUACAAUUGGGUGAUUAGUUCAUUUCUUUGCUUUUUUAAAUGGGAAUUCACUUCGUAAAUUUAAUGAAAAUAGACAAUGAUUUCAGAUGUCAUACUGAGGACUGCACAGAUAUAAUGGACAAAAAAUAGAUUAUUCACUGUGUUUAAAACAUGAUGUUGAAGAAUUGCAUGGGGAUCACUUGGGAUGUUUCUGGCUUUAUAAUAAUCAUGGUGAGGCCAAUGAGAAAGGAGGAUCAAUUGUUUAUCAAAAUGUUUGCUGUCGUCAAUAUUCCAAACAUUAUACAAUAAGAUUGAGUAUUCAAGAAGUUUCUGAUGAGCUUGACA